AUCUCCAACAAACUAAAUAUACUCUUCUUGAUUAAAUAAGAAAAUUGCUGUAGUGACAAACAUCCAUCAAAAAAUUCUAUAUGUUUAUGCUACAGGUUGACGCUGCAAAUCUCAACAACAUGGACAAAGAAUCCACUGUCAACACCAGCUAUUUGGUUGAAAACAUACAUCCCUGCUAUGACUCAGAAAAUGGAACAUACAUGUUUACAAGCAGCCCUUCUGUUGUGUGUGUGAUUUUAUAUGUCUUUCUUGGCUUAUUGUCUACUGUCACUCUAUGUGGAAACCUACUUGUAAUAAUCUCAAUUAUUUACUUCAAACAGCUCCAAACUCCUACGAACUUCCUCAUCCUGUCCUUGGCUGUUGCUGAUCUGCUUGUAGGGGUUUUAGUAUUUCCCUUCAGUAUGGCGUUUGCUGUAAGCUCAUGUCUGCCUCUUGAAAAUGUAUUCUGCAAAAUACGAGAUGCCUUUGACGUUACACUGUGCACGUCUUCGAUUCUGAACUUGUGCUGCAUUUCAAUAGACAGAUAUUAUGCAGUGUGUGAGCCUCUGACAUACAGAACUAAAAUGAAUACACAUGAAACCGUGAUUAUGAUCCUGGUGAGCUGGGGAAUCUCAGCUUUAAUUGGAAUUGGGAUCACGACUGCAGGAUUCAGCCAAGGCACAUGUGAAGAAACGUGCUCAUCUGACAUUAUAGCAGCCAAUACAAUGGGACCCGUUUUCUCCUUCUAUCUACCAGCUUUUGUGAUGCUUUGUAUUUACUUUAAGAUUUUCAUUGUUGCUCAGAAACAAGUAAACAGCAUCCAGGGAACAAACUAUCUCAGCACAAAAUCCGGAGCUGCUUUAUCUAAAAUGGAGCGAAAGGCCACCAAAACCCUGGCUAUAGUUAUGGGAGUUUUUCUUUUAUGCCUCACUCCUUAUUUCAUUUGUGUUGUGUUCCUUCCUUUAUCUUACGGCCCACCACCUGUCCCUGUGAUCGAAACGCUAAACUGGCUUACACUGUCAAAUUCAAUGUUGAAUCCCCUAAUCUAUGCUUUCUUUUACAGUUGGUUCCGAUCAGCUUUCAGAAUGGUUAUUUCUGGAAAAAUAUUCCAUCGUGAUUUAACUAAUUCAAAGUUAUUUUGAUUUUUUUCAAUAAAAGAAAUAAUCUAAUGUACACCUCAAAACAUAUGCGUACCAAAGGUUUGGCAAAAACAACACUAAUAUUCUGGCAGAAAAAAAAUCCUGUUUCGAUUUAAUUAAGAGGCUUUAAAGUGCCCAACGUGCUAUAAUAUGUAGAAUAAAUUAUGUAAAUGAUAAAUAAAUCUAUUAGAGCAGAUAUGGUGGGAUGAUUUAAAAGGUUCUGUAGGACAGUGUUUCCCAACCCUGGUCCUCAGGGCACACUGACCUGAAUGUUUUCCAUGUCUCUGCUUCAGUACACCUAAUUUACAUCGCCUUCUCAGGAUGACACCAAGUGCUGCAGAUGCCUGUUAAUCACUCAUUCAUAGAAGUCAGGUGUGUGGCAGCAGGAAACACAGUUGUGUUUAAAAGGGCAACAUGGAAAACAUGCAGGACAGUGUGCCUUGAGGACCAAGGGUU